UUGAGGGCCACCUCUGCUUGUUUGUCUCAGAAUUUUGCCGUGCCAUGGCUGAGCUUGACGUGGACGAAGCCUUGCGGGUCGGUUGGCAACAGCUGGCUGCGCCUGUCCCAAACAUGGCGUGGGAAAGUGGCAUCGUGGGUGUGGCUCUUGGGAAGAUCACCAUGACGGAGUUCGUCGUGCCAGGCCUUUCAGUCACAUUCCAGCGACCAGUGGCGCAUGCCCUGCCUGGCGUGGACUCAGUGGCGUGUGCCUCUGCUCAUGUCUGCGGUGCAAUCCAAGUGAGCAAGCGCAGACGGGUCGUGUCGGAAAUCUACCAAAAGUGCGUACGGGCAGGGCGCCCCACUGUUGGUGAAGACGAUGCCCGCAGAGACACGGCCAUCCAGCAAUGGGCUGUCGCUCUACUCACCGCUCCGGACUCUUCCGACGUCGGGCGUGCCGCGGUUCUGGAUGCAGCGUCGGCAAAUUCCGACGAUGUUCUGGGCUUCGCGUGUGUCAUAGUCAGUGACAUCGUUGCCAUGAAGUCGACCUCCACGCUGGUAAAACGUGUGGGAGCCAUCAGGCGUUUCCUGCAGUGGUGCGAGACCGGCGAAGCAACUGCGCUGCCGUUCCACGAGGGCACCUUGUAUGUCUAUGUGAGGCAUCUCUGGGACAUUCAGGCUGCGCCCUCCAGCGGGCAGUCUUUUGUUGAGGCAGUGCGUUUCGCGGCGGCGUUGUUUGGCAUUGUGAGUGCGCAGGGCAGCAGUUUUGGGUGUCUCAGCAAGCGCGUCUGUGGAGUCUCAGCCAGGUUGGCUGCAAGUGGUGGCGCGAUUAAGCAGGCCCCUCCGCUCACUGCGGAUCAGAUCAUCAUGUUGGAACGUGUUGCUGUGCGAUCGACAUCCAGCCAAGAUAGGCUGCUUGCAGGCUCCCUUCUGAUCCUGCUCUACGGUCGCUGCCGGUUUGGUGAUGGACAGCGUGCUACUUCGUUUCUGAUUGACCUAGCGCCCGGCGCUAAAGAAGGUUUUGUCGAGUUCGCGGUUCGCCACUUCAAGACGGCCGUGGGCGUGAAGAAGAAGAGGAUGCUGUUGCCAGUUGUGGUGCCAAUCUUCUCUUUGUCAGGCGAAUCGUGGUUCAGCGCAUGGCUUGAUGCCCGUGCAGACCUGGGUCUUUCGCGUGAAGGCACACUGGUCGUGCCAUUGCUGCCAUGCUUCGACUCCACCGGGCGGCCCACGUCUGCUGCGUUGUCCUCAAGUGAGGGAGGCGCCGUCCUGAGAACUUUCAUCGGGGGGCUCGGUGAGGGUUCCCAGCGUGUUACAUCCCACUCAUUGAAAACCACACUGCUCUCAUGGACUGCGAAGUACGGGCUUCAGUUACCAGUUCGCAGAAUUCUUGGCUAUCACCUGGAUCCUGCUGCAGCCACCACUGAGACGUAUGCGCGGGACGCGAUGGCUGCACCGUUGCGCGAGCUGGUGGUCGUCCUGCAAAAGGUGCAGUGUGGUGCUUUUCGGCCAGAUGAAACACGGAGUGGGAUGUUUUGCGCGACUGGCCCUGUGCCCAGCGCAGGCUGUCAGGGCUUUGUGGAUACAUCGCUGUCGCGUGAUGCUGAGCUGACGGAUGACUCCGACACUGAUGCGGCAUCCAAGGGGUCCAGUCGCAGCGCUGAUUCGGACAGCGAACCCGAGACCCUGGAUGACGAUGCGCCUCUUUUUCAGCUCGUUCCUGCCCGACUUCGACCUCAGCUAUUGUGUGCUGCGUCUGGGCGAAAGCUUUUUCGCAACAAGUAUUCUGGCGUUUUCCACAUUCAGGCCGACGGGGAGCGCCUUGUGUGUGGUCGAUGCGUUACUGACAACUUUGCUGAGUUCGCAAGCACGUCUGCUAAGCCCUGGUGCCUGUCGCUCCGCUUUUACCGUGGAGUCACCUUGCUCAAGAGCGUGAGUUACAGUGUUGCGGUUGAGGAGAGUGAGGCACUGCGCAAGCAGGACAUCAGGACCUUCGGCGAGCUUGCGUUUGCGGCUUCUUCUCAGCCGGGGCAAAUCGACGACAGCAUGUUCUCUGACCUCGUCAAGACUUGCUUCGGCGUGGAAGAUGCCAGCGCCGCUAGCCUGGGCCUGCGGAGCAAGUUGAGGCGUGUGGUUUUUGAGGCGAUCACCUUCACAGUCCAGAGCAUCUCGCAGCGUGCCACCGGCACAGCAGAGGACGGUGGCGCAUGCAAGAUGCCCCCGCAGGAGCGAGACCGACGACUUUGCGACCAGCGCAAGAGGUUGUCUGGACUGCUCGUCAAGCAUGCCACAGAACCAGCGCACAUGCUCGUGGACAAGUUCGUGAAGAUGGCGCACGAGGCCUGCUUAUGCUACGUGCCUUUGAGUGCCUGCGUGAGCCGCGAGGACGAGAUGAGCUGCGCCAAAACCGACAAGAAGUUAUUGUCCUUGGAGCACAACAAGAUCGUGUUCAAGGCAAAGGAGCCUACGGUGCAUGUCGACCUGGGCUCGGAAAUGCGGGUACACCAAGCUCUGCUCCGCCGUGCAUUAGCAGCUGACCAGGCAGGGUUGAUCUCCUUCAAAGUGUUGGAUUCCAUUCACCAGGACCUCCUAUCACACCUCAGCCGUCCUGCGCCGCCUGGUUUUGAUUCGCCAAGCAUUCAGAGUCUCCUGCGAGCGGACCAGCAGUUGUGGAAGCUUGUUGCAGAUAGCGUUGGGUCCAACAUCCAGCAGUGCGAGUCAGGUGAGAAGCCUCUUGACAAGGCGUUCAAGGAGUUCUGCCAUGAUGCCACUGUUGUCUUCCACUUGCUACCGACUCCCAGCGCGCCGAAGAUCCGCAAGGACCCCAAGAAGCGACAGGUGGAUGAAGGCGAGGCUGAGCGUGCCGAGGUACCGAAUGGCAAGAAGCGCAGGGAUGACAAGGGAGCCGUGCGCAUGCCCAAAGCGUUGCAGGGCCUCCCGGCCAAGAGCAAGAGCGGGGUGCCUUUCUGCUUCAAUUUCAAUCUAGAGCAUGGCUGUGAUGAGGAGGUUUCCGGAGACCCGUGUCGAUGCCGUCGUGGCCUCCAUCUCUGCAUGAAGUGCUUCAAGCCGCAUGGGCAGCACAAGUGCAAUGCGCGUCUGGCAGGGCACCUGAGAUUGCGGGACUUCCACGUGUUGCACAUGCGUCACUCGGCCAGUUUGCAGAAACGGAGUUCUUACGUUAAUUUGUUUCUUAAGUCUCAAAGGGCUUUGGCUGCAGACUUGUUGCGGUGCUCCUCCGUGCUCUACGUGGUCUUCGUGCUCCCGGACCUUUGCGAUGAAUGUGGCAUUGUUCUGGAGUGGGUUUGCAAUCAGUGCGUGGAGCUAUCCAAGAGGCGCGUCUCGUGGACCUUAGUUGACCGUGCCGAUGGCGCGUUCUGGAGCAGAGUGUAUGGCUUGCUGCAGUCCUCUGGCGUUGAUUUUCACACCACAUCGUUCCAGAUUCGAUCCACAGGCUCUAAGACGCCGUCAAAUGUGGCUCUCUGGUCCAGCGGUCCUGAGCUAUCCCAGCUGAGGCCCGUAUACGACUGUGGAGCCUGGAGGCCAGAACGUGGCAUUCUGUAUCUCCCUCCUACUGUGUGUCAACACUGGUCCUUCAUCAUUGAGGACUUGGCCCGUGCGCGGGGGUGCGUUCUUUCUGCUGCGAGCAUUGCACAGCUUCGAGACUGGAGCAACCGCGCCGCUCUUGGGGACCAACCGCGCGGUGGGCGUGUGCCACCACUACUCACGGACUUCCUGGCGCCAAGGAAGUACCGCCUCAGCCAGUGCCCUGCGUUGAAGGGAAUCUUGCCAGGCGGGCGCGUGCCAGAUCAUUUGCCUUUUCCAAAGGGCUCGAGGGUCCUUCGAGUGUCACCCACAGACGCUGAUGGUGGGAGUUUCGUGAUGCUUGGCCUUCCACGAGACCCGCUCGACUACAUCCAAGAAGCCUCUCAACUGGUGCAUCCUAUGGAGCGUAGCGGACAUGUCGCUGAGGGCGUCCAGGCUGCCAUCGAUAAACAUGUGCAAGAGUCGGCGGAGGCACUGCGUCGUGACAGGGCCAGCUUCUUUUCCGGGGCGCUACAGUCGAUCCGGAACCUGCGUGUCGAUGAGGACCGUCUGCACUCCAACAUGCCGGAGCACUUGGCCAAAGUCAUGCAAGGCAAACGCGUCCUGUUUCUCGGCGAGCUUUUGCAGAAAAUCCAGCAUCCUGACAAGUCCCUGAUUCAACAUCUGAGUCAAGGUUUCCCUUUGCUUGGUUGGUUAGAGCCUUCUGGAGUUUUUGCGCCGUCCCUAAAACCACCUGCCCUGCGUUCGGACGAGCUGGAGCGGAUGGCCCCAGAGAUGAACGAGAGCACAUGCAGCUCCUGCGUCCAAUCCCGUCGCCCAGAUGUUGACCGUGCAUUGUGGGAGUCCACUUUGGAAGAGGUUGCAAAGGGAUGGGCGGAUGGGCCAUACGACCUGGAUGGAGCCAAGCAAACAUCGGGGGGAAAGCUUGUGGUGUCUCGUCGCUUCGCUGUCGUUCAGAAGGACAAGAUACGGGCGAUUGAUGAUUUCUCUGCCAGUCACAUCAAUCUCUCCACAGGCUUGCGAGAAAAGGUGCGCGUAGAGUCGGUGGAUGCGGCCGCUGCAAUGAUCCGCCAGUGGAUGUUGGCGCUGAAGGGCACCGGGCGGAGACUUGUGGGCAAGUCCUUCGACCUCAAGUCGGCGUACCGACAGAUUGGGGUUUGCAAGGAGCACCUUUUCGCGUCCUGGGUUUGUCUCUACAACCCAGAGACUGGGGCGCCCGCGCUGUUUCGCCUGCACGCCCUUCCUUUUGGAGCCUCGGCGUCUGUCCCAGACUUCCUGCGGUGCGCCGAAGCCAUUAAAUGCGCGGGCGCACGCUGCAUCUUCUUGUCCUGGACGAGUUUCUUCGAUGACUUCAUCUGCGUAUGCCCAGAAGACUGUGCAGAAGAGACAGACAAGGCCACCCGGGUGUUCUUCGAGCUCCUCGGUUGGCAGCUGGCGCUGGAGCCGAAGAAAAACAAACCGUUUGCCUCCAAGUUCCAGGCCCUGGGUGUUGAGUUCGACCUCACGAAUGCGGCAGAUGGCGUCCUCCGCAUCUCCAACACCGAGUCGCGCAAGGAGGAGCUUGGCCGUGCCAUUGAUGACGUUUUGAGCAGUGGCAGGCUGUCCUUCAAAACAGCUACUUCACUGCGAUCGCGCAUGCUGUUUGCAGAGUCCCAGAUCUUUGGGCGCUUCGCCAAGAAGGCCAUCAACUUGCUGGGCAAGCAUGCUGAUAACGCCCACAAUGUCCUGGAUGUAGAUAGGGAGCUACGGGCAGCUUUGGAGUGGCUCCGGAACAGGGUGGUCUAUGGCAGUCCAAGGGAAGUGUCAGUCGCCAAGAGGAAGACCUUUCUGUUGUUUCUGGAUGGUGCCUGCGACAAUGAGUCUCCCAGCCUGCAGUCUUCAGUGGGCGGGGUGCUCAUCGACAAGGAAGCAGGCCCCCAGAGCUCUUUUGGCGAGAUUGUGCCGAAUGAGGCAGUCAGUGCUUGGAAGACGAAGGUACCCAAGGGUGCAAAGCAGCUCAACUUCGAAGCAGAGGUCAUGCCGUAUGUGGUGGCGCUGAAGUGCUGGGCCGAUGUGCUUCGAGGUGCAUUGCUGCUGAUUUUCAUUGACAAUGAUGCGGCGCGCCAUGCUUGGGUCUCAGCGUCAGCCCAUUCGCUUCACGCAAGCAACAUGAUUCAUCAUGCCCUCGCAGUUGAGGCCGAUCUAGGGGUGGAUGCCUACUUCUGCCGGGUCCCCACGCACUCCAACAUCGCCGAUGCCCCGGUCUGGCGCCGACGGCAAAGGAAAGUGCGAGAUUUCUGGCGACGGGCCUUAUUCUGGCUUUACGUCCUGGAGCUCUUCGAGGUUCCCUUGUCGUGGCGGAAAGUGGCGGGCGGCACCUCGCUUUGCUGGAUUGGCUACCAGCUUGACGUGUUCAAGUUCGAGAAGGGCAUCGGGCCAGGUCAGUUUCGGGCCGUGUUGGGCCGGUUGAGCUUCAUAGCCGGUGCGCUGCCACAUGUCCGUCCCUUUCUUGGCCCGCUCUUUGCUUGGUCCGCCCACUUGGACUCGGGAUUGGUCCAGUUGCCGCUCAGUGUGCGCCUCAUCCUCGGCUUCAUUCGUAUGGAAGUGGAAAAGGCGCCGAUGACACCGCCAAAGCCGCUCACCAUGUGCGUAGGGGAGGUCUUCGGAGUGGACGCUAAGGCUGAGGGCGAUGUGAUUGUGGUCGGUGGCUGGGAAAGUCUUGGCGGGACAAGUCCUCGGCACGCGCGUUGGUUUUCGAGGAGGCUGGAUCGCCAAUCCGCCCCCCUGGGCAUAUGCGAAAGGCGAGCCAUUUUUUGUUUGGAGUUGGUGGGCACGCUCCUGGCUGCAACUCGUUCGUGCGAUAAGAUGAUGACGACGACCUCCUUUCCACUCUGCCUUGUGCUCAUGGAGCUCUCCGUGCAGCUCUGCGGCAUGGGGGCCGUGUUGCACUUGGGCUGGGUACCCCGCGAGCAGAACGUGGAGGCUGACGCGCUGACCAACGAGGACUUUUCUGCCUUUGACCUGGCCAAGCGCGUUCACGUGGUUCCGGAGGACCUGGGCUUCCAGGUCUUGCCGCAGCUCAUGUCGGCUGCUGUGGAGCUUGAUGCUGAGAUCCGUCAAACCAAGGCGGACAAGGCAGGAUCCUUGUCAGAGGCCGGCCAAGGUGCCCGGCGCAAGAAGGGCGAGCUCAGGUGGAUCGAGCCUUGGUAA